AUUAUAUAUUAAACAUUUACUUCUGAUGUUUCUGUUUCUGUUUAAGCUAAUAAAAGUCAGAAUUAUGAAAUGCCGAAUAUUAUAUUUUUUUUUAUUUUGAAAUGUGAUGGUUAAAUUUUAUUAUUUUUAUGUAUUAAUUUUGAAGCUAAGGUGUUUGUUAUUUUUUAAACUAUAUAUAUCUAAUUGCAGUGUUGUUUUUAGUAUUUAAUUUAAAUAUUAAGCUCCGCCCACCGUUGUGACGUCUUUACAUAAACAAACCUGAAACAAACCCGUCACGUUUCGAGAGGAAACCGGAAGUGGCGGACUCAUCGUCGCUCAUCAAAACAAAAACAUCAAACAGAGUCCGCCCUAUUAAACCUAAUUUAGUGGAAAUAUUAACAUGUCAGCGAGCUGCCGGGUCGUCUAGCCGCCAGAGGAGCACCAUGCUCGGCUAGAAAGCGCCGAGUUAGCCGCGGAGUUUAUAGCUUUAGCGGGUUAGCUUAGCCUGUUAGCUGUUAGCUCAUGGCCUCGGGGCUCCCUCCGCUCGUACCCGACCGACCCGCCUCGUCCUCCGGCCCUCACUCCGGCGGGAGGCCCGUCCGCCCCCAUCACCCGCACCCGGCUGCCCCCGGCCCGGCUCCCCCCGGCCCGGGCUGCAGGAUGGUGGAGUCCGUGGACGACGCGGAGGGCCUGUACGUGGCGGUGGAGCGCUGCCCGCUCUGCAGCACCUCCCGCCGCCGACUGACCUGCGCCCGCUGCGUCCUGGCCGGAGAUUUCUGCUGCCUGGACGGGAGGAGCACGGAGAGGUACGUGGAGAAGUUGGAGCGUCUGAAGCAGCUGAAGGAGGAGAAGCAGCAGCUGCAGCAGAGGGUGAUCGAGGACAUGGACAGGAAGCUGCAGGCUGAUGAGAUGAAAUGGAAGAUCAUGUCAUGUAAGAUGAAGAUCGAGCAGCUGAAGGAGGCCGUCGCCGGGGGCAACGAGGAGGUGAAGAGCGAUAAGGAGGUGCUACUUCGUUCUCAGGAGGAGAGCCAGCGGCUGCAGCGGCGUGCAGGUCGUCACCAGGAGAAGCGAGAUAAGAUUGAGCGUCACAAUCGUCGUCUGGGCGACCUCCUGGACCGACGCAGUCGCGAGCUGCAGAGUCGUCUCAGCCAGCUGGCAGCUCUGAGACGAGGACACAUCCUGGAGCUCACCACAUACAUCUUCCCCACACAGGAGGACAAGCAGUGCAGCAGAGACCCUGCGGACGUGGUGGCAGAGUGCGACCCGGCGCUGACAUCCAGCACAGUGAGCGAGCUGGCGGAGGCUCGGAGGACCACCUACCUGUCGGGACGCUGGAUCUGGGACGACCAGAACGGAGAGACCAGCAUCAGCAUCACAGGACCCCCCGUCACCCUGCCCAGCAAUGGGGACUGCUCCGCCUACUACAGCUGGGUGGAGGAAAAGAGCACCAAUCAGGGCCCAGAGCUGGACCACAUUAACCCCGCCCACACCAUCAGCGCGGCGCUCUGCUACGCCACACAGCUCGUCACCAUCCUGUCUCACAUCCUGGAUGUCAACCUGCCCAAGAAGCUCUGCAACAGUGAGUUCUGUGGAGAGAAUCUGAGCAGAUAUCGUUUCACCAGAGCUCUGAGCAAACUGAACACCAACACCCUGCACCUCUGCUUCUCCCAGCAUGUAGACAGUGAGAAGCUCCACCCACACCACACCCUGAGGAACAUCAUGUUCCUGAUCUCACCAGACAACCACAGCCUGGGCAGGACGGGUCCGUUCGAGGUGAGUGCUGACCUGGAAGAGUCGAUGGAGUUUGUGGAGCCGGAGGCGGCAGGGCCGGCGGAGGAGAGUGGGGAUGAGGCGGUGACUGAUGAGGAGACGGACCUGGGGACGGACUGGGAGACGGUGCCCAGUCCUCGCUUCUGUGACAUCCCAUCUCAGUCUAUGGAUCUGUCUCAGAGUGCUCUCCAGGUGUCUCAGCCGUCUGCUAACACAGGAGGAAUGAUCUCGUCUGCUGCUGCGUCCGUCACCUCCUGGUUCAGAGCUUACACCGGACAGCGCUGAAUGGACUGGACCGGACUGACCCGACCCAACCAACCGGACCAGGUCAGGUCUGGAGACUGUGGACUGGGUCAGGGGUCCGAGGUCAGGGGUCAAUGAGAAUAUAAACUCACCAGCAUCUGUUCAUGUUUUCAUGUUUUCAGGAGAUAAAUACUGUCCAGUAUUUAAACAUGUAACAAAUGUUUAUGAUCGCAUGUUAUUAUUUUUAUAAAUAAUAAUAAUCAUAAAGAGCCAAUUAUAAUAAUAAUUCAAAAGAUCCUGUUGGUUCUUCAGUAUGUCAUCACCGACCAAUCAGUCUCAAACAGCUGCGAUAUAAAAUAUGUUUAUUAAGCAUUUAUUACAUGUUAAUGAGCUCCUGUCCACCUGUCUGUCUCUCUGCCUGUCUGUCUCUCUACCCGUCUGUCUUUCUGCCUGUCUCUUUCUGCCUGUCUGUCUCUCCACCUGUCUGUCUCUCUGCUGACCUGUCUGUUUCUCCACCUAUCUCUCUCCACCCGUUUGUCUCUCUGCUGACCUGUCUGUUUCUCUGUCUCCACCAGUCUGUCUCUCCAUCUGUCUGUCUCCUCCUGUCUGUCUCUCCACCUGUGUGUCUCCUUGCUGACCUGUCUGUCUCUCCACCUGUCUGUCUCUCUGCUGACCUGUCUGUCUCCACCUGUCUGUCUGACCUCCACAAAGGGAAACUUCCUGUUUUGUUUUUUUUUUGUUUUUUAUUCGUCCGCGUGGCAACGACAAACUGAACUCUGUUGCCGUGGAGACAGAGCGGUUGCCAUGGUGAUCCCUGUUUACAGACUGAAUUCUGGGAUGUUUGAAAUGUGUUUUAAAGUUUCUGUGUCAAAAUGAUUCAAAAUAAAGUAAAAUCUGUUUUCUGAUUUUUGGAAACUGAA